AUGGCGCAUCACAUCAACAUGACGGUUGGCUCGUUGGUCAUGGCCGGCGGCGUGGCUGGUUACAUCAAGAAGCGCUCCAAGGCCUCUUUGAUUGCUGGCGUGUCGACUGGCUUGAUGUAUUUUGGCACCGCCUAUCUCCUCACUCAUGAUCAGGAGCAGCUCGGUCACGAUCUGGCCGUUGGCCUCUCCAUCGUUCUCGGCGGUGCCAUGGCCAAACGGUGCGUCGCACAACAGCAAUACGACUCACAGUCCUCGUGUCCAACCCUGCACCACCUGGUACAGGCCUCACUUCCGCACAAUCCUUGCUGCCAUCUACCCGGUAGCGCUGUCACGGCCGGCAAGUUUAUGCCUGGUGGCGCCGUUGCCAUCCUUGCAGGCGUUGCUGCCGUUUACAACGCCAACAAGUCGUACGAAUGGCGCAACGGCAUCUCCUUUUAG